AUGCAACACGACUUCUCGCCGGAGUUAGCUCUUCAAAACCUUGACCUGACGAUGGGUAAGUGCAACUUUCUGAACCUCGGGACGAAAAGCAAAACAGAAUAUGACCUGCCGUUGGUGAUGAUAUUCAUCGACUCAGAACCAGACAAACAAGUUAAAAACUUCACAGACGUUUGCAAACAUGCUUGGUAUGAUGCAGGUAGCGUAAACGUCGCUUUGGAUCAGGGCGCUAGUCUGCGAAUCGGUCCUAUUUGUGCGGACAAACCCUCCAACAAAUCUCAGAACGUUGCAGUCGUUCUGCAUGAUAUAACAGCUGGUGAACAUGACAAUUAUACCGAUAGCUACAGUAAAAACGUCACAAAUGGCUUUUUCCGUGAAGAACCGAAGAAUGUGAAAUGUUUUGUCAACACUGCCAGGGGGGAGACAUUCCGACAUGUCUUCACUUCGCCCCUGUCUGACCCGCCUGAAGGCACCUCCUGUGGAGAACAAAAGAAAACAGAACAACAGGAAACAGAACAAGAGGAAAUCGAACAAAAGGAGUUUUCAGGAGUCACAAGAAACCCUAAGAUCGGGAAUCAGACGAUUCCGUACACAGCUAGAACUGUGCCGGUCCAGCCGGAUAAGUGGACAUCCUUACACGUGGGUCUCCGCACGCUGUUAGCAUUGGUAGGAUUUACUGUGGUAGCGAUGUUUGCUGCAUGUUUUUCGAUCAGAACGAAGGGCUACUGUUCAAGGGGUAACCACGCUGCAAAGGUUGCCCGUUCUCGGGGUAACCAAGCUGCACAGGUUGCCCAAGCCUCAUUAGGGCCUCCCCUCAGUAUUGCCUCUGUGAAUCACUGGAUGAUAGGUGGGGGAAACAGCCGUGCUGUCACUGUUAAUAUCAGGCAAGGCACGUCAGGUUCCGAUAGUGUUAGCUAUAGUCAGCGAGUUUCGUAUUUAGGUGAUGACCAGGGUUUACAGUACAGCGAAAUUCCGGACGAGUACUACUGUAACAACAGGUACGAAAACACUGACACAUUCAACAGGUACGACAACAAAGACACUUCACCGCCUGAAACUUCCACAACCUACUGGCAGAUUCCCGAGGACUACUACAACUAUUACAACACUCGGCCCGCAUCUCUGCAUCACUACUGGGAGAUCGGAGAUGACUACUACAACUACGAAAACACCGCAGGGCGCCCCCUGUCGUUUCCUCUGGCACUGCAGGUGCCGCUGUCGUCAGGCCAUGACGAUGAGGUAGCCCGUGUAUCUUUCAAUGCUUCAGCAGCCGAUUCGGCUCUUCCUACAGUAAACCGGUUACGUUGUAAGCCUUCCUCUUACGGCACAGCCGCUAGAGGUACAGCAGUUACACAGAAUUAUGGAGUUAGGGCAAGAAAUGCAGACAUUUCAUCUUACGGAACACCUGCAUCAGAGAGGCGUAUAGCAUUGCUGGGAAGAUACGGCAGAACACAGAGAGGUUUAUGUUCGAGAGACAAGGCAAUGGUGUUCUAUAACAAUCCUUCUACUGCCCAUGUAUAUGCAACCAGAGAGCAGGCUAACCUUAUGUACAAGGCUUCAUUUAAAAUUCAACCAAGGUACCAGAACAUUCCAUGCCCACAGUAUGCAAACAUGCCCAUUGCCAGGUCAAAGGAUGAUGCUUGGAUGACUAAUUAUAAAGAAGGCCAAAUUCGCGUGCACAGGUCAAAAACCUUUAGCAUGAAGGUACCUAAAUCACGGAUGGAAGAGUCCUUUAACAAAGCACGUCAUCGCCGCAAAAGUAUUUAGUUUUUUUUUUUUUACUUGUGACGUCUACUACAUAAAGGCUUCAUUUCCGCAAAUACAUGCAUCCCUUUUUGAUCAUGAUUGUGUUUUAGAUUUGUAUUGUUCGUGGUAAUGGUAUAUAAAUUUGGUUGUCAAUGGAUAUAGGUAACAAACUAUAUUAUAUCUAUGUAAAUACCUCGGUUUGUAUGUGUAUCUAUUGUGUAUGUAUUAUGAUGCCUUGAAAGUUAUGUUUUUGGACUAGAUUCAUACGUCAGAGGUACAUGUGUGUAUAUCUAUCUAUCUGAGAUAUACUGUAUAGAACUCGACAUGCAAAUAUCUAAAUACCUUGUUGUACUGUUGUUGUAAUAGUUGUACUAUGCACUAUAUGCUUGUAUUGAAUCUUGGAAGUCUACCGCUUUUCAGGGGUAAAUGUUCUUC